AUGGGCAUUGUAAAGAAUGGAAAGGUUGUUGUCUUGCUCAAUGGUCGCUUUGCUGGACGCAAAGCUAUCGUUGUGAAGACGUUUGACGAAGGCAAGGGAGACCGCAAGUUUGGCCAUGCCAUUGUUGCUGGUAUUGAUCGCUACCCGCGCAAGGUAACCCGUGCGAUGAGCAAGGCCAAGUUGCUGAGGCGCUCUAAGGUCAAACCGUUUGUCAAGUAUGUCAACUACAACCACAUUAUGCCCACUCGCUACGUCGCUGAUAUUGACCUGAAGAAGGUCCUUGACGACGAAGUGCUGGCCAACCCAGAGACCCGCAUUGAGUCGCGCAAGACCAUAAAGAAGGUCUUUGAGGAGCGCUACCUAAACCAGGCCGCGUGCAAGUCAGAGAAGAAAGCUGCAGGGAGGCUCUCGGUUUCGCUUCGAUGA